GACGCUGUCUGGUAACCAAGGACGAUUCACACCCUGACAACAUUAAAAAGCGCUGAAACUUUGCAACACAACACUGCACAAGCUCGCAUUUCAUUAAUUUAUAUUCACACUAAAUUUAGGACGGAAAAUAUUUUUCUUUGGAGUCGAUAAAACGAACAGUUUAGACUAUUUUGUUGUCAGUUACACUAUGUAUGCUGCAAGUGCAACUGUAUUUUUUUCGCAAGUCUUAUUUUUUCCCUUACAAUACUGGAUUAUUUUUUAAGUCGAUUAAAUUGAUUUGAUUCAAUCCAAGCCAUGUCUGGAAUUCAGCAUGCAUCCAAUCAAAGCAUCAAGCCUUUUAAAUCCGGCGAGGAAUAUAUCUAUGCCAUGAAAGAAGACCUGGCAGAAUGGCUGGGAGAUUUAUACAACAUAGACAUUGACGUAAAUAAUAUUUUGGAGAUGUUAGAGACAGGUGCGCUUCUGUGUGCUCACGCCAAUAACGUGACACGAGUGGCGGAUGACUUUCUGAAGAGGAGCGGACCCUCUGAGCUCCAGAUGCCCGCUUCUGGAGUCACUUUCAUCAGCUCUGCACAUCCUACAACAUUCCUGGCCCGGGAUAAUGUGACGAAUUUUAUCAACUGGUGUCGAAAAGAGAUGAGCAUUCCUGAUGUACUGAUGUUCGAGACAGACGACCUUGUCCUGCGUAAGAAUGAGAAGAAUUUUGUGCUGUGCCUCCUUGAGGUGGCCAGACGGGCCUCUCGUUUCGGCAUGGCUUCACCAGUCCUCAUUCAGCUGGAGCAGGAGAUAGAGGAGGAGAUUCGUGAAGAGAUGGAGGACUUGCCUGCUCAGCCCAAACCACAGAAGCGCUUGAUAAACAUCCAGAACCUGGAUGAGAUGGUCCAGUUUCUAAUAAGCCGAUGCACCUGCCCAACCCAAUUCCCCAUGGUGAAGGUAUCAGAGGGCAAAUACAGGGUUGGAGACUCCAACACUCUCAUAUUUGUUCGGAUUUUGAGGAAUCAUGUUAUGGUGCGAGUGGGCGGAGGAUGGGACACCCUGGAGCACUAUCUCGACAAACAUGAUCCCUGCCGCUGCACUUCUCUCAUCCAUAAGUUGACCACACGUUCAGCUACUCCGGUCCAUGAGAUCAAAGAGCGGUUGACCACACCACGACCUGAUGCCCAGUGUGCUUCUCAGACCACUCUUGUGCUGAGCCGAACUCAGUCCCCCCUUAAGCCAGUUGUCUGGACCCCUUCAGCCCCAUACAGAGCCCAGAGAGGAUGGCCCUCUCCCCCUCGCUCCUCCUGUUCCCCGGACCCUGAACAUCAGCCCACCCGCCGGAGAAACAGUCCCUCUCCUAACAAAUUAAGAGAGAGACCGAGUACUCCAUCACAUGUGUACACUUGUGCUGACAGAAAAGACAGCUUGAAAACAAACUCCGCCAGUAGGACAGGCAGAAAUGCAACACGGACAUCACCCACACCUCGCCUGACAAACAGUCUUCCACGGGCCACCCAUCAUCCUCCCACACCACAACCUGAGAUACAGCGUCCUCAAACACCUCUAGUCCUUCAGAGAAACACCAAUCAGAUCCAACCCCAGCAAGCGCCUGAGAAGAAUCUGGGUCAAACCUGGACCAAAUCGCAGUUUGUUUCCAAACUGAGACAAGCUGGAGUAAAAGGACGAGAGAACCCGGACAUACAAGAAAGUCCAGGAAGGACCUUCCAGAGUCUUCCCGGAAAUACACAUUCAUGUCCCAAACCUCCGAACAUCACCAUUCAUGAGCCGGAGAGCAAUGGGGGUCCUAAAAAGAGUCUCAUCCGCACCUUUUCUCCUCUUAAAGGGAUAAUAGGGGCCAUCUCAGAAGCACAACACACCAGACCUAGAACACCAGCUAAGAUCUCUCAAGAAGAUAAAACGAAAAACAUUCUGGAUGUAACUGAACAUGGAGCAGAGAGGUCAGUCAGCAAGAAGGUACAGCACUUGACCUUACCAGUGCCAAACAUUAUGCAGUCGCCUCUCAUUAGCAGCUCAAGUAAACCUUCUGAAAGUUUUCUUGAGUCUCAGAAGUCUAAAGCAGAUUUAGUUGAAGAGGGAGGAAUUGAGAGAAGUUAUCUCUUCACUCCCCCUCCUCUCAGCCCUUCUCAGGAAGCCAACCUCUACAAGAGCCUAGAGGAGGAAAUCUUGUCCAAUCUACAGCAGCUAAGCAUUGACUCGGAAACCAGCACUAGCUCUGAUGAGAAGCACCACGAGACUCCUAAGAAUUCGAGAGAGAUUCUAUCUGACCACUGUAAGGCCUCCAACAGAUCAGCGAGUCUUGAUCGGGCAACACCCGACAGUGGAAACAGGGCUUUUGAUGCAGUCAUUGCUGAACUCUCUGGCGGCCAAAGGAAGAUGGAGAAGGUGUCAGUUGAGAAGUGGGUGAACACUCUUCCUAAGGGUCUCAGAGUUAAGGUGGUGGAAGACCACACUACCGCACAUCACCUUAAGGUCUCUAAACCUCGUAUGACCAGUUCUUGGUCCUCAUUGGGAUCCAGUAUGGAUUCAAAGGAGACUGCUGAUCUUGUGAAGGUGCCAGCUGACAACUCGAAUGUUGAGACCAAAAUCCCCCCUGGUAAUGUAUCAGGUUUAGGAACUGAACAUGUAAAAAACCAGAGGAGUUGUUCAAUCAAACAAAGAAGAUCCUUAAGGAAGCCAGAGAGAGUGCCAUCCAUCUUUAAACUGAAACUUAGACCCUGUGUGCGACCGAGACGUGACCACAGGUCCGACCGAAAGCCUUCAAAGAUCCCAACACCAGUUUUCUACAAAAGAACAAGCUGCAAAGACGCCAACUCUCACAACCAGAGAGGAAAUGAUGCCUCACACGGGCCUUUCGGCACAGACAACUCUCGAGGAAACACUUGGACUAAACCAAAAUCUCAGGUCCCAAUACCGAGUGCAACAAAGUGCCAAAGAGCAAACAAGGAACCACACGCAGAUCAAGAUCUGGAAUCCUGGGUUUAACCAACAGCUCAGUAAAUUUAUAAUUUUGGAGUUUACAGAAAAUUUGACUGCUAAUUCAGAAAAGCCAUAUGUUAGUCAGGAAAUAUUCUUACUUGCUAUUCAAAAAAGCAUUUCUCAGAAAGCGUUUAACAUCUUUUACUAAGAAGCACAGCAUUUUCAUCAGAGAUAAAGUUGCCUUACACUAAAUUAAAUACUUUGGUUUAUUGAUUGUUUAUAUUUUUUUAAUGUAAAGUACAUGCAUUUACUGUAUGAAAAACCUCAUUGACUACUAUAGUUUUAAUGCCAUAACAAUGUAGCCAUGUAUAAUAUAAUAUUUUUUUAAAAAUGUUAACCAUAUGCACUGUGUCAAGAUGUUUACCAGUUCCACUCCGUGUACUAUGCACAAGCUAAAGGGAUAGUUCACACUAAAAUACUGUCAUAAUUUACCAUGUUGUUCCAGACUUGUACGACUUUAUUUCUGCGGGUAUCUCAUUUUGUGUUUCACAGAAGAAAGAAAGUCAUGCAAGUUUGGAGUGACACAAGGGUGAGUAAAUGAUGACAGAAAUUUCAUUUUUUGGUUAAACUGUGCUAUAUUCAUAGCUCUUUAACAUAUAAUUUGGAGUUGACUUAUUAGACUUUAGAUUAAGGAUCGCAACAUAGGUUGUCUGAAUUGAUAUCCUUUUAAAAUGAGCAUUUCACCUCAAUGUCACGCUUGGGCAGUCGGGGGCCUGUAGACGUGACGGAUCGGAUGUUAUUCUUCCAUACAAUCAGGCGUUGAGGGUGAUGAAACUUGCCUCAUUUAAUAAAAAUGAUACACUGACAACUGAGCCGUGUGAAUAUUUCCCACAUCAUAAUGCAUGGCCAUGUACAGAUUUAUACGUUUAUACUUUUACAUUUUGUAACAUGCUAUGAAUAUGUCAUAACUGUACAAGGAUUUAUCCCUGCGCGCUGUUUAUUCAUGCAGCUCCUCCAAGCAUUCCGCUAUCUUUUCUUCCUAGGCGUUUCCAAGUCACCUUGUGCUUCAAUGUUUUUUGCUGCAGGUUUUAUAAAUAACUCUUGGCAUAAGUCUGGAGCUAAUAAUAGCUUCGUCAGAACUGCAGCCUGUCACACUACAGCAGCUGUGCUCCCUUGCAACUUUCUUCUCCUUGUUCCCUCCCUCCAACCUCAGUCCCCUUUCAUCCCCAGACUCUUGUCAGUGCGGAGCACUUUUGAAGAUAUCCUCUGAGGACUGUGAGAGCAUGAUACUGUGAGGACCUCAAUUUUGUGGACUUCUUGGGAUAAAAAGAUUAAAUUCAGCCUUUUGGAAUUACACUGAAUCUCAUCCAGUUAUUUUGAAUGACAGUUUAGUCAAAUAAAAAUAGGAAAACAUGCUUCCAUUUGUCAUGUUACCUGAAAUGAUUCUCUUUGAUUAUUUAGGGAUUAAUGAACAUUAGUAAGCUUCACCAGCACAGUCGUUCCUCAGUGAGCCACAACAUUAAGCAGUGCCUCACUGAUUUACAUAGUGCAUGCUACGAAUCACACCUUGUUCUUACUGAGUACGUGUAGUGCAUUAUAUAAACAGUAGGGCAGAUACACUACCUCUGAAGAACAGAUACUGAUGUAAGUAUUGAUUUUGUACUCAUACAUCACACAGAAGAGAAUGCAUUUUCUGUGUCCAGUGUCCCUUUAUUAGACUUAUGUGCUCUUUACAUGUAGCCAUUUGUAUUUAAGAUGCAUUUGAUCAGACUUUGAUGUGUUGCAGAAGCUGGUCUGUAUGUGUGCCAGAGAUGCGCUGGGUUAAAUUAUUAAAGAAGGGAAUAUUUUUAGU